UUUCACCUCGUGGAGCAACCCUAGCGACACACACUUUCUCCAUUUCGCCUGAAAUUUACAACCUCUCCAUUCAUCAUCACCAACUUCAAGCAGGCCAGGUCAAGUAACUUGCACCACCACAACUGGCAAGAUGAAGUUGAACAUCUCCUACCCUGCCAAUGGCAGCCAGAAGCUCAUCGACAUUGAGGAUGAGCGCAAGCUCCGUGUCUUCAUGGAGAAGCGCAUGGGUGCUGAGGUUCCCGGUGACUCCAUCGGCGAUGAGUUCAAGGGCUACGUCUUCCGCAUCACCGGCGGUAACGACAAGCAGGGUUUCCCCAUGAAGCAGGGUGUCAUGCACCCUACCCGUGUCCGUCUCCUUCUCGCUGAGGGCCACUCCUGCUACCGCCCCCGCCGCACUGGUGAGCGCAAGCGCAAGUCCGUCCGUGGCUGCAUCGUCGGCAUGGAUCUGUCCGUCCUCGCCCUCUCCGUCGUCAAGCAGGGCGACAGCGACAUCCCCGGCCUGACCGACGUCGUCCACCCCAAGCGCCUCGGACCCAAGCGUGCCACCAAGAUCCGCAAGUUCUUCGGCCUCACCAAGGAUGACGAUGUCCGCAAGUACGUUAUCCGACGAGAGGUCCAGCCCAAGGGUGAGGGCAAGUCCCCUUACACCAAGGCUCCCAAGAUCCAGCGCCUGGUCACUCCCCAGCGUCUCCAGCACAAGCGCCACCGUGCCGCCCUCAAGCGCCGCCAGGCCGAGAAGGUCAAGGACGAGGCCAACGAGUACGCCCAGGUCCUUGCCAAGCGAGUGGCUGAGGCCAAGACCCAGAAGGCCGAUGCCCGCAAGCGACGAGCAAGCUCCAUGCGCAAGUAAGUUUUCUAGCGUGUAAUGAAAAAAGGGGAAUCAUACCUUGGUCUUGUGGUUUGCAUGCAUUAGGAGUGGGGGAUUCUCGGGCUUGGUUUUAGUCCACCACGAAUGUCUUAGAGGCAUAUCGGAAAAUGAAGAUGCAUUGAUGCACUUGUGCUAUACGCCAGCCUAACCUCUCGAACUUCUAUGCACCUGCCUCAGCCGUGAAUAUAUCAUGACGUGAUGUUUCCAAGGUGAAUGUCCCGCCGACUUCCACAAGGGAGAGUCUUGCCCCUUUACAUGGCUCCAGGUCGAGCAAGCCUCACUUCCGUCAAGUUCCAGUAGGCAGUGCCUCAGUAUCCGACCUCACAAGCAAAUACGUAUGUAUUUGGUUUUUUUUUAGCUUUACUCAAUAUCAUCAGAUAGAUCAAAGCCAUAUAGUAAUCUCAAACAAUUCCGA